AUGGUCUCAACACAGGAGCUCACAGCGCCUGUCGCACUCGACAAUGAUACAAUUUAUGAUAUCAUCUGUGAUGCCCGAGCAGGUGCAAUUGAGGACUUGAGUGCAAACAUUACUAGUCUGGCUUCUCAGCACAACUGCUCCGAGGCACAGAUCGUCGCAGCUGCUAUCGAUGCCGAGGAAGAGAGUGAAGGUGGAACAGGUUGUUGUGUAUUGCAUUACCCUGCUGCCAACGGAGAAACUGAAAUCCUAAACUUCUUGCUCAAAAAGCUCGAGGGAGUAGAUGUUGCUCAGCGUACUGCAUUUAUCAACCACCGCAACAAUUCUGGAAACACACCGCUGCACUGGGCUGCGCUGAACACGCACUUGGAAGCCGUCAAGGCCCUCGUGGAGACCGGCGCUGAUGUUUCUAUUAAGAACGACGCUGGCCACGAUGCCGUGUUCCUAGCUGAGCGUGCUGCUUGGUCUGCUUCCGCGGAAGAAGUUGAAGAAACCGACGAAACUGAGGAGAUUGAGGUUACUAUUGGCGACCUGAAAGUUGGCGAGGAGGGUCAAGCUGAGAGCGAAGAAGCGCCUGCUGAGGAAAUGUCUGCAGGCAGACAGGUUGUUGAGUGGUUGCUCAGCUCAGAGAAGUCUGCUAGUCUGGAGAGUUCUGCCAAUGAAGGAAGCUCAGCAUGA